AUGACUGAGGACCGGCCGGUGCUCAUCAUUGACAAUGGCGGCUACACGCUGAAGGCGCUUUACAUCCCAAAUCCUAGCAACACCGCAUCGCAUCCACCGCGACAGGCAGUGGUGCCAAACUGUGUGGGCGCCGCAUCAUUCGCCGGGCGCGGCAUUGUUGGCGAGCAGCUCUUCAAGCUGCCGCACUUCCACGGCUUCAUGCUGCGCCGCCCUGUCGACCGCGGCUUCGUGGUGGAUGCCGCGCUGCAGAGCCAUAUUUGGGAGUACCUGCUGCAGUGCUUCGCCAUCGCGGAUGAAAGUGCCGUGGAACUCGUGCUUACGGUGCCCUUUGCCGCCCCAAAGCUGGUGGUGGAGCUACUGUACUACCUAGUGGCACAGCGUUUUAAGUUUCGGGCUGUGACACUCGUGAGCGCCACGUUCCUCGCACUUGUGGCCGAUGCCUCACGAGACUGGCUGCAUGGCGCCGGGCCUGACACCCCCCACGGUGGUGAAGGGAUGGCUAGCGGCUGCGGAGUGGUGGUGGACUUUGGUUUCUCCGCUACAACCGUGGUCCCGUACGUCGACUUUCUCCCAAUGCGGGACUCUGCCGUGCGGGUUGAUGUUGGCGGCAAACUACUCUCGAAUCGACUGAAGGAACUCAUCUCCUUCACGCAGGUGAACAUGACAGAGGACGGGUGGCUUGUAAACCACAUCAUGGAGAAGUGUUGUCACGUGGCGCUGCAUCCACAGUCAUCUUUGCGGGCUGCACAUCGGCAAAAGCGACGCGGGAGAAACAUCAGCGGCAGUACUCGGAAGGGCAGUGGCGGUGACGCUGUGGAAUUGCGGUAUUAUUUGCCAACGGUGCCGCCACUCAUGCCGCUGGGAUGUCGUGAGGAGGAGCUGCAUGCGAUUCUGGGCGGCGAUGGGGGGACAGGUGUUGAACGGCAUGAGCUGCAGCACAUUGUCUUCAGUCAUGAGGCCUUCCUCAUUCCAGAGCUGCUUUUUCACCCGGUGAAUGUUGGCAUUCAACAGAUGGGCGUCGUCGACGCGAUUGUGCAUGGGACACGCAGCCGAGGGACGCUGCGGGACGCCCCCACCCUGCACUCUGCACUCCUCCGCCACAUCGUUGCGUUUGGCGGCACUUCAGGGUUUCCGCAGCUGCGCGAGCGUCUGAGUGGCGAGCUGCGAAUGGAAUCAACCGCGGCAGAGGGGCCAGCACCAAGCGCAUCGCUCCACCUACAGCCACUCGUGGAGCGACUCCGCAUGGCGCCACACUCCACAGUUUUGAACAGCACUGUCAGUGGCUACACCACCCACGACGCCGAGCUGCAGCCUCUGUACGGGGCCCUGGCACUUUUCACAUGUCUCUCUUGUCAGCCUCAACUGCAGCUGCUGCGCAGUCGAAGUCACGUUGACUUGUCCCCACUGCGGAACAAAAAACAGGGUGUGGGACGCGCGUCAGCGGCGACGGUGCACAAAACACAAAAGGCAUUUCAGGACGCCAUGCAGCAGCACCUUCCAUGA